AUGUCCCAGACAGACCAAAGCCUCAAAAAGACCGCAGGCUCCCUUGAGUCCCAUCAGUUAAAGGACGAGAGUCUACCAGACGCCACGAUUGUCGACUGGGACGGGAAAAACGAUCCGGCCAACCCUCACAACUGGCCAAGUCCGAAACGAUGGGUACACAUCGUUUUGGUGUCUCUACUUGCCCUGGUGACGAAUAUGGCUCCAACAAUGUGUGCACCUGGCAUAGAGAAACUGAUGGCCGAAUUUGACAUCACCUCUCACACCGUCAGCACCCUUGCCAUUACGCUCUUUGUCCUGGGUAUCGCCAUCGGGCCCAUGGUCAUGUCCCCCCUCAGUGAAGUGUAUGGUCGCCGGCCUGUCUACCACAUCGCCAAUGUUAUGUUCAUUGCCUUUAUGGUUGGCAAUGCCCUUAGUCGCAACAUAGCACAAUUUAUGGUUUUUCGCUUCAUCUCCGGCUGUGCAGGCGGGACACCCAUGGCGCUUGGCGGAGGGACGGUUGCAGACGUCACAACUCUGCAAAACAGGGGUACUGCAAUGGCAUUGUUUAGUCUGGGUCCAUUGGCUGGGCCGGUACUCGGCCCCGUGAUCGGAGGCUUUGUGGCAGCAGACCUAGGUUGGCGCUGGACAUUUUGGCUGCUAGCGAUUCUAGGUGCCGCAGUCGAAAUUGCAGCCCUUGUUUUCAUGCGAGAAACCCACCCAAAGGUGCUUCUUGAGCGCAAGGCCGCACGGCUACGUGCUGAUACUGGCAACCCGCACCUCCGCUCCCGCCUCAGCAAGCCGCUGACUCCCGGCCAAGUGUUGACUCAAGCUCUGAUCCGCCCCACCAGCCUUUUGUUGCGCUCCCCAAUUCUGCAAGUAAUCUCCCUCUACGUGGCAUUAGUGUUUGGACUCAUGUUUCUCCUACUUACUACCUUUACCGCUGUCUUUGAGGGCCAGUAUGGUUUUCAAACCUCUACCGCAGGUCUGGUCUAUCUGGGUCUAGGCGUGGCUCUGGUCACCAGUAUGCUGGUUUUCAGCACAUUGAAUGGGCGGGUGGAGGCGGCUCGAAUGAAAGCCGAUGGUGUGGGGCAGCCUCGCCCUGAGUAUCGCUUGAUACUGAUGAUCUGGCUCAGUCCCUUUGUGGGAGUUGGGCUGUUCAUCUAUGGUUGGACUGCGUACUACAAGGUGCACUGGAUGGUUCCUAUCAUUGGAACCACAUUUAUUGGCUUUGGGGCUUUUUUUGUUAUUGUGAUACCUUCCGGUGCUCAUUCAAUCAAGAUGCCAGCACAGCUUUAUCUCGUCGACCUAUUUGGCUCAGCAGCGGCUGCUUCUGCCCUCGGGGCAAACAAUCUUCUCCGAUAUCUCUCGAGCACCUUCCUCCCGCUGGCCGGCCCAAGCAUGUACAAGACGUUGCAUUACGGUUGGGGGAACACGCUAUUGGGAUUCCUCGCCCUAGCAUUCGUCCCAGCGCCUAUUCUAUUCUACAAGUAUGGAGAGCGGCUCCGCGCCAAUGAUAGCGUAAAGGUUUAA